UUUAGUUAACUAAUAUGUAAUGUGGUCUUUUUCUUUUCUUUUCCCCUUAAAAGAGAUAAUGCAUGAUGUGAUAAGGAAGGUGAAAAAGAAGGGAGAGUGGAAGGUGUUGGUGGUUGAUCAGCUCAGUAUGAGGAUGCUCUCAAGCUGCUGUAAGAUGACUGACAUUAUGACUGAAGGGAUAACAAUUGUGGAAGAUAUCAACAAGCGUCGAGAGCCACUCCCUAGUCUGGAAGCCGUGUAUCUCAUUACUCCUUCUGAGAAGUCUGUCCAUUCGCUCAUCAGUGACUUUAAGGACCCACCAACCGCCAAGUACAGGGCUGCCCAUGUGUUUUUCACUGACUCUUGCCCAGAUGCUCUGUUUAAUGAGCUGGUAAAAUCUCGUGCUGCCAAGGUCAUCAAAACUCUUACAGAAAUCAACAUUGCAUUCCUUCCAUAUGAAUCCCAGGUAUAUUCCUUGGACUCUGCUGACUCUUUUCAAAGCUUCUAUAGCCCACACAAGGCUCAGAUGAAAAAUCCAAUCCUGGAACGACUGGCAGAACAGAUUGCAACUCUUUGUGCCACUUUGAAGGAAUACCCAGCUGUACGAUAUCGAGGAGACUACAAAGACAAUGCCAUGUUGGCCCAGUUAAUCCAAGACAAACUAGAUGCCUACAAAGCUGAUGACCCGACUAUGGGGGAGGGCCCAGACAAGGCUCGUUCUCAGCUCCUGAUACUGGAUCGUGGUUUUGACCCCAGUUCUCCUGUACUUCAUGAAUUGACUUUUCAGGCUAUGAGCUAUGACCUGCUACCUAUUGAGAAUGAUGUAUACAAGUAUGAGACAAGUGGAAUUGGAGAAGCUCGAGUAAAAGAAGUUCUUCUGGAUGAAGAUGAUGAUCUGUGGAUAGCUUUGCGCCACAAACACAUUGCAGAGGUAUCCCAAGAGGUCACCCGUUCUCUGAAAGAUUUUUCUUCCAGCAAAAGAAUGAACACAGGUGAAAAGACCACUAUGAGAGACCUAUCACAGAUGCUGAAGAAGAUGCCCCAAUACCAGAAAGAACUUAGCAAGUAUUCGACUCAUCUACACCUUGCUGAAGAUUGUAUGAAGCACUACCAAGGCACUGUGGAUAAACUCUGCCGAGUUGAACAGGACCUGGCAAUGGGCACUGAUGCUGAAGGAGAGAAGAUCAAGGACCCCAUGAGAGCUAUUGUUCCUAUUCUGUUGGAUGCAAAUGUCAGUACUUAUGACAAGAUCCGCAUCAUUCUUCUCUACAUCUUCUUGAAAAAUGGCAUCACCGAAGAAAAUCUGAACAAACUGAUUCAGCAUGCACAGAUUCCUCCAGAGGACAGUGAAAUCAUCACCAAUAUGGCUCACCUGGGAGUGCCCAUCAUUACAGAUUCCACUUUGCGUCGCAGAAGCAAGCCGGAGCGGAAGGAACGCAUUAGUGAGCAGACCUACCAGCUUUCACGAUGGACUCCAGUGAUUAAAGACAUUAUGGAGGACACUAUUGAUGAUAAACUUGAUACCAAGCACUAUCCCUAUAUCUCUACACGCUCAUCAGCUUCUUUCAGUACCACUGCUGUCAGUGCCCGUUAUGGACACUGGCACAAGAACAAGGCCCCUGGUGAGUACAGAACUGGUCCUCGCCUCAUCAUUUUCAUCCUUGGGGGUGUGAGCUUGAACGAGAUGCGAUGUGCUUAUGAAGUGACACAAGCCAAUGGAAAGUGGGAGGUGCUAAUAGGAGCCACACACAUCCUAACCCCACAGAAACUGCUGGACACCCUGAAGAAGCUGAAUAAAACAGAUGAAGAAAUCGCCAGUUAAAAAACCAAACCACCCCUCCAAAAAGUGAAUAAUCUCCAUGGCUCUUGGCAGCUUCCUAUGGCUGGUCUUAGAUGUUACUUUGCAGUACCCAUUCUCAUCUUCCAUCAAUCCCCACUGCACGCCCUG